GAGCAUACAGCAAAACUAUAACAGCAGCAAUUUCUGUGAAUUCAUGGUCUCAGUCAAUUUUUGGAAAUUCCCACAAUACACAUUUUGAACAUCGACUUCUUAAUAAAAAAAUAUCAAUCCUUCAAAAAGGUCUUAUCGCGCUUUUCCUUUGUACUGAUUAUCUCGGUGAAUUUAAGGAGGCAAAGAAAUAUCUCGUGACUGAAGCCAGAACACAUAAGAAUGUUCAGGAUAACGCUUUUAGAUUUCUACUGCUCCUUCUUUUUGAAACGAUUUUACCCCGCUACAUGAAAUAUUGACGUGCGCGCAUCACAAACAAGCUAGCGAGGAAAAGGUACACUUGUACUUUGUCUCUCCAAACAGUGCGAGGCCAUCUUUGAAACGGAAGGGACUCCGUACUGAACGGUCAGUCGGAGGAGAAGGAGCAGAGAACCGGCAGGCUGAGGAAAACGCAGCGAUCAGCACGAUGAAGACAGCGAUCCUCUUCCUCCUGGCCCGCGCCUCGUUCCUUGCCACCAUCAGCCGUGCCCAGCAGCCGGUCUCCGACGAUGUCGCGGAGCUGGCUGCCAAGAACACAGAGUUCGCCGCAAGCCUGUACCGUAAGGUUGCCAGUGCCAGCGAUGACAACAUCCUCCUCUCCCCGCUGAGUGUAUCAGUGGGCCUUGCCGCACUCUCGGCCGGUGCUGGGGGCGCCACGCGGGAGCAGCUCCUCCAGGGGCUCGGCCUGGCCCCCCUCGAGAGGAACGGACAGCCAGAGAGGCUCCCGCAGCUGUUCCAGAAGCUCCAGGAGGAGGUGACCCGCAGCGAGGGCCUGCGGCUGUAUCAGGCCACCGCCCUGUUCCUCCGGCAGCAGGCCGAGGUGGUGACGAGCUUCAGCGAGCUGGUCAAGAAGUUCUACGGCGCCGACGUCACCAAGGCGGACUUCGGCAACGCUCAGGCCGCCAAGAACACCAUCAACGACUAUGUGAACAGCAAGACCGGGGGCAGGGUGGCGGAGGCGGUCAGCAGCCUGGACCCCACGAUUCAGCUGAUGCUCGUCAGCUCUGUCUUUGCUCAAGGCACCUGGGAGCUUCCCUUUAACAGAAGUGCCACACAAGAAGAGCGCUUCUAUGUGAACAAGUACAAGGUGGUCCAGGUCCCCAUGAUGAUCAGGGCUGACAAGUACUACCUGGCAUACGAUCCCUCCAUAAAGCUGGGUGUCCUGAAGCUGCCGUACCAAGGGGGCGUGGCCAUGCUCGUCCUCCUGCCCGACAAGGACGUGGACUACACCUCGAUCGACGAGAUGCUCACUGCCGAGCGCUUCCUCGGCUGGGUCGGAAAGCUGAAGAAAACGAAACUUGAGGUGCAGCUGCCCAGGUUCUCACUGGAACAGUCAUAUGGCAUGCGCAACAUCCUGCCUGACCUGGGCAUCACCGAUGUGUUCGAGAACACUGCUAACCUUACACUGAGCAGUGAGAGUGGUCUGAAGCUGUCUGAGGUGCUGCACAAAGUCAUGAUUGAUGUCAGCGAGAGGGGCACUGGCACGACUAGCGGGCUCGGAGGUUCCUCCAUGCCACCCCGCCUCACCAUCAACCGGCCCUUCCUCUUCAUCAUCUACCACGAAGCCACCAAGAGCCCGCUGUUCAUGGGCAGGGUGAUCGACCCCACCAAGAAAUAAAUGUGCUGAACACUGGACUCACCUGGCACCGCUCUUAAUAUCCCUUUUGUUGUGUAGUCCCUUUGGAAAAUGUGUGCUUUUUAUCUGUUUCAGCUGGAAGUUUCCUUCGUCCUGUAUGUAGGAAGAAAAGAACACACGUAGUUGUCUGUGGCUCCUUAAGUCAUCACCCUUACGAAAACACAGAGCAGGCAAAUUACAAAUGAAUAUGGAUUUCAGCAUCUUUCAAAGGAUAUUUGCACGCUAGGGCUAUGUGUAGAAGAGGCAUUUUGUGAGUAAUUAGUAUGACAUGUAUAACACAGGCAUUGCUGAUGAAGUGCUAAUUGUUAACAUGGAAACUCCACACACAUUUUAUUUGGUGGGAUCAUAGACUUCAGAAAACAGGAUUUUUUAAAAGCGUAAUUAUAAACAAAAAUUCUAGUAUGUCUUUAGUGAUUUGGAAAUAAGGGUGAAAAUGUACAAUGAAUACUGUGUUACACCACAAAAAUAAUAAAUUAAUUAAA